AUGGCUGAAAUUCUUCUCACAGCAGUCAUCAAUAAAUCAAUAGCAAUAGCUGGAAAUGUACUCUUUCAAGAAGGAAUGCGUUUAUAUUGGUUGAAAGAGGACAUAGAUUGGCUCCAUAGAGAAAUGAGACACAUUCGAUCAUAUGUAGACGAUGCAAAGGCCAAGGAAGUUGGAGGUGAUUCAAAGGUCAAAAACUUAUUAAAAGAUAUUCAACAACUGGCAGGUGAUGUGGAGGAUCUCUUAGAUGAGUUCCUUCCAAAAAUUCAACAAUCCAAUAAGUUCAAAGGCGCAAUUUGUUGCCUUAAGACAGCCUGCAUCCCUUGUGCCAAUGAGUUUGCUAUGGAGAUUGAGAGGAUAAAAAGAAGGGUUGCGGACAUUGACCGUGUAAGGACAACUUACAACAUCAUGGAUACAAAUAACAACAAUGAUUGCAUUCCAUUGGACAAGAGAAGAUUGUUCCUUCAUGCUGAUGAAACAGAGGUCAUCGGUUUGGAUGAUGACUUCAAUAAGCUACAAGCCAAAUUACUUGAUCAUGAUUUGCCUUAUGGAGUUGUUUCAAUAGUUGGCAUGCCCGGUUUGGGAAAAACAACUCUUGCCAAGAAACUUUUUAGGCAUGUCCGUCAUCAAUUUGAGUGUUCUGGACUGGUCUAUGUUUCACAACAGCCAAGGGCGGGAGAAAUCUUACAUGACAUAGCCAAACAAGUUGGACUGACAGAAGAGGAAAGGAAAGAAAACUUGGAGGGCAACCUACGAUCACUCUUGAAAACAAAAAGGUAUGUUAUCCUCCUAGAUGACAUUUGGGGUGUUGAAAUUUGGGAUGAUCUGAAACGUGUCCUUCCUGAAUGUGAUUCAAAAGUUGGCAGUAGGAUAAUUAUCACUUCUCGAAAUAAUAAUGUAGGCAGAUACAUAGGAGAGGAUUCCUCGCUCCACGAGUUGCAACCCUUAGAUUCAGAGAAGAGUUUUGAACUCUUUACCAAGAAAAUCUUUACUUUUGAUAACAAUAAUAAUUGGGCCAAUGCUUCACCUAACUUGGUAAAUAUUGGUAGAAGUAUAGUUGAGAGAUGUGGAGGUAUACCGUUAGCCAUUGUGGUGACCGCAAGCAUGUUAAGGGCAAGAGAAAGAAUAGAACGUGCAUGGAACAGAGUACUUGAGAGUAUGGGUCAUAAAAUUCAGGAUGGAUGUGCUAAGGUAUUGACUCUGAGUUACAAUGAUUUGCCCAUUGCAUUAAGGCCGUGUUUCUUGUACUUUGGCCUUUUCCCUGAGGACCAUGAAAUUCGUGCUUUUGAUUUGACAAAUAUGUGGAUUGCUGAGAAGCUGAUAGUUGUAAAUAGUGGCAAUGGGCGAGAGGCUGAAAGUUUAGCGGAGGAUAUUCUAAAUGAUUUGGUUUCUAGAAACUUGAUUCAAGUUGCCAAAAGGACAUAUGAUGGAAGAAUUUCAAGUUGUCGCAUACAUGACUUGUUACAUAGUUUGUGUGUUGACUUGUCUAAGGAAAGUAAUUUCUUUCACACUGAGCACAAUGCAUUUGGUGAUCCCGGCAAUGUUGCUAAGGUGCGAAGGAUUACAUUCUACUCUAAUAAUAAUGCCAUGAAUGAGUUCUUCCGUUCAAAUCCUAAGCCUAGGAAGCUUCGUGCACUUUUCUGUUUCAUAAAUGACAGUUGCCUAUUUUCUCAUAUGGAUCAUCUUAAUUUCAAAUUAUUGCAAGUGUUGGUAGUAGUCAUAUCUAAUAAUGAUAUACGGAGUGCCAGGAGAAUCCCAAACACGUUUGGGAACAUGAGUUGCUUACGCUAUCUGCAAUUCGAGGGGAAUAUUUAUGGGAAACUGCCAAAUUGUAUGGUGAAGCUCAAACAUCUAGAGACCCUAGAUAUUGGUAAAAGCUUCAUUAAACUUCCUACUGGUGUUUGGAAGUUUACACAAUUAAGACAUCUUCUUUAUAAAGAUUAUAGUCAGGCAUCUAACAGUUGCUUUUCUACAAGCCCAUCUGUUCCAAACGUGUACUCAUUGCCUCCUAAUAAUCUACAAACUUUGAUGUGGAUGAAUGAUAAAUGUUUUGAAGCAAGAUUGUUGCACCGAUUGAUCAAUUUAAGAAAACUGGGUAUAGAAGAAGUAUCUGAUUCUACGAUUAAGAUAUUAGCAGCAUCGAGCCCUGUGCAACCGGCGCUGGAGAUUCUGAAGCUCGAAUUUUCCAGGGACAUGAGUGAGGAUAUAAACUUGUCGUCCUAUCCAAAUAUUGUUAAGUUGCAUUUGAACGGAAGAAUGCCCUUUAACUUUGUAGCAUCAUUCCCUCCAAAUCUUGUCAAGCUUACUCUUGUCGACUUUGGCGUAGACAGUCAGGUAGUGGCAGUGCUUAAGAAAUUGCCCAAAUUGAAGAUACUUAAAAUGGUUUGCUGCGUACAUAGUGAAGAAAAGAUGGAUCUCUCUGGUGGUGAUAGCUUUCCGCAACUUGAAUUUCUGCAUAUUAAAGAAUCAUUAUGCUUGUUUGAAAUAACGUGCAUGGAUGAUGUGAGUAUGCCUAAAUUGAAAAAGCUAUUACUUAUGGAUACCAUUCCCAACGUUAGGCUCUCGGAAAGACUUGUAAAUCUGAGAGUAUGA